AAAUAUCUGUAAUGAAACUAUUCUCUUACCCUGCCUUGUGUAUAAUCUACAAGCAAAUGAUAAAACAGUCAUGUACGUUAAGUGGAGAAAACAAGGAAGUUUAUUUUUUUCUUUUAAUGGAGUACAGCAGUCUGUCACAGACUCCAAUUUUUCAUCGGCUAAGCUAUUAUCUGAAGCGGAUUUAUCCAAAGGUGUUGCCUCUAUAUUACUUAACAAGAAGGAAGCGACUAUUGGAAAUUACAGUUGUGAGGUGACAGAAUCCAACAGAGAAGGUGAAACUAUGUUUGAGCUUAGGAACRGUACGGGAUCAUGGUUUCUUCCAGUGGAAAGUGCUUGCAUCAUAGUGUUGCUAUUCUUAGCUAUUAUUUUCUGUUGGGCUCAGUUAAGUGUUAUUGCAUCAAAAUUUGAAACUGUAUUUCAGAAGAAAAUCAGCAUUAUUAUAACAUGUAGCAUCUUCACAAUUGUUGCUAUUGUAGGUGUUAUUCUUUUUGUGCCAGAUGGCUAUACUCCAGGAAGUCAAGCUGGACUUGGUUUAAUUGUGAUCCCUGCUGUGAUCCUACUGCCACUCCAAUGCCUUCUAUUUGGAAUGGUUUUGGAUAGCCUAACAAAAACAGCAUAUGCUCUGAUAGCUUUGGAGUUUAUUGGUUAUAUCGUAGCUGUGGCUGGUUUUGCACUGUGUGUCUCAGCCUGUCCCGUGUUAAAUGGGUCUGUUGUGAUUGCUGGCUUAGCUAUUAUGGCUAUUGGAGCUUUGCUUAGUCUGAUUUAUGUGUGUUUUGUGGGUUCCCGCGUAAGAGAGCAUCAUCCUCCAAGGAAAGCUGUAGAAGAACCAUUAAAUGAUGCAAAAGGAGUGAUGUUAGAACUAUGUGUAACUAAUGAGAAGAACUGAAUCUGCUGCAGAGGUGGGUGAUGUGUGGAAAGAAAUUCACCGUUGUUUAUACACCGUGGCCUUGAAGAUGCACUACUCAAAGAGAAGAAAUUCAGGAAAACUAGCUGUUUUGCAUGUGUGGCAAAAGUGCUUUUGAUAUAAAUGAUGUAUUUUGUAGUCACAGCGGCCGUAGCGAGGAACAUGUGUGUCUACCCACAUGUGAACUCCGUUUUCUUUUAUUAUGGUACAUAUGGUGUGGUUGAGGGUGAGAAUAUAAAAAGCACUGUUUGCCCACCACAGGGUCUUCCUGUAGUAUCCUUAGUGGUAUUAUUUUCAAAACCAUCAUCAGUCACUGCUUUGAUAAAGGGCCUGCUCAGCCCCGAGAUCGCAAUACCAUUUAGAUUGUUUUCUUUAUUUGUGUGCAUGGACAAGGUGUGGUCAUAAUGUCUAUGAUAUGAGCAGGAAGUAGGAUUUGUACAAAUAUUUAUUUUCUGACAUUCAGCAGGACUUACAGGAAAAAAUAAUUUGCUUAUACAUGAAAUGAAAUAAACACGGAGUUUACUCCCAGGUCUUCUCAAGUCUUUACCUGAGUUAUGGUAAUUCCACCUAUCGGUAAUAUUUCUCUUUCUAGACAGUAGCUGUGUAUGCUCUGGUGGCCCAUACGUUGGUCCAGUGAGAGAGCUCUUGGUGCCUCUUUUUUAUAUUCCUGGAAAUCCUGCUCAGCCUUGAGAGCCAAAUUCUGCACUGGAGUUACAGAGCAUAGCACCUGGUAAUCUUCAUGCUGAAUGUGAUUCUUCUUUUUGUUCAUAUUGUACAGUGUGUGGUACUGGAACCAAUUUCAGGCUUUCUUAACUGAGUGGAUUCGUAAUAUAUGUUGAUGCAUCAGAAAAGUAGGAUUUGUUCUAUUUAGCUUCAUUUUUAACAGAGUUUUUAAAUCUGCUUUCUUGAGUGGAAAUAGGGGCAAAUUAUUUCUGACCAUGUUUGUAAUGCUGUCACAAAUAAAUAAAAUAGAGAAUAUAAGCAGGAGGAGCUACAGAAAUUGAGGGGGCUCAGUUUCCUUAGAUAUCUAAGUGCUAUGGAUGAAAAUCCAUGUAGGAUCAAUGCUGUAGGCUUACACAUUCCACGAGACUUCGACAUAUUUUACAGCUGUUUCCAGAGUUGCUCCAAAAUGCACCUGGUUUCUUUCGGACUUUACGCUUUGUAGAAAUCUUCACAUUCUCUCCAGUGGUACUAGGAUAAGAAUUUUAAAAGGCACAAAUAAUUUUUUUCUCCUUUCAACAGCUUAAGACUUUGUUUGGGAAGCUGUUGCCCACUUGUAUGACGGCUGCUUUUCAAGAUUCUGAGUACCUGAGCAAGCCUCGGAGCUGGAUUAGGUCAGCGUGGGGUUCAUAUUCGUGUUGUAGGUGCACAUUACAUAAGUGCCCGUGUGGGCUCCAGUCUYGAUGCAGACACUGUGCAUGAGGAACCCAACAAAAUGGAAUUGUCGUAUCAGAUUUUACGGGAUUCACUCACUCACAGCCCAACCCUCACUAGAAGUCCAAUUAUCCACUGUGAAGAGGGUUAUACAUGUGAUAAAACACUUAACAAGGGACUAUGGUUUACAUUUACUCCUCAAAGUUUGCUAGGGGGAGUAUUGAGGUUAGUUGUGAGAUCCUAUAUACAAAUCUUGUAGUAGAGGUUGUCCCAAAAUCAUUGCAGUCCAUCUGAAGAUGGGAGACAUUACACUCCAUUAAUAGAUUUCCGUGUCAGGAUUUACCUGAUACGUAGUACGCAGAGCUCCUCAUUUGUGAUGACACAUUCCUCUGGUAAGUUGAACGAGGGGCAUUAGGGAAUUGGAAAAACCCUGGAAUUCUAUUGAGAUAUUCUGCCUUACAAAACCAUGAUGUCUAAUAGCUUUAUAUUAACUACUGUAAAGCAAAUUGCAGUAGAGCCUGUUUUGUAUCACUGUGGUGAUGAGGCCAAGCUCUUCCUAGGACAUUGCUGAAAAAUUUAGGACUUAGCGGCCAAGUACAGAUYGAAGAAGAAAUUAUUCCA